UAACACUUCCUUUCUCGGCGGAGUAAGUUUGUGGGCUCGAAGAGUGUUAUAGAGAGAAGUGUCUUUAGUUCGUUUACAAGUUGUUACUAUGGCCCCUAGCACGCAAACGGAUGAUAAGGUCUCCAGUGUACGUGAAGGCAUUCGAGCCAUUCUGCUCGGUCCACCAGGUGCGGGAAAAGGGACGCAGGCACCCAGGCUGGCAGAGAAAUACUGUGUGUGUCACUUAGCCACUGGAGACAUGCUGAGGGCCAUGGUGGCAUCUGGCUCAGAGCUCGGCCAGCGUCUGAAGGAAACCAUGGAUGCUGGCAAACUGGUGAGUGAUGAAAUGGUGGUGGAGCUUAUAGACAACAACCUGGACACACCUGCCUGCAAGAAUGGAUUCCUUCUGGAUGGUUUCCCACGUACUGUCAAGCAGGCAGAAAUGUUGGAUGGCCUCCUGGAGAUGCGUAGUGAAAAAUUGGACUCUGUUGUUGAAUUCUCUGUUGAUGACUCUCUACUAGUACGCAGGAUCUGUGGGAGGCUCAUUCACCAGCCUAGUGGCCGAUCUUACCACGAAGAGUUCAACCCUCCCAAGGAGCAUAUGAAGGACGAUGUGACCGGGGAGCCUCUUAUGCGGCGUAGUGAUGACAACGAGACGGCAUUGCGCACUCGACUAGAGUCCUACCACAAGCAGACGGCCCCUCUAGUCCAGUACUACAGUGCCCGUGGCUUGCAUACUGCAGUCGAUGCUUCUCAGUCCCCUGAACUUGUCUUUGCCUCCAUCCUCGCUGCCUUCUCUGCUGCUUCCUCUGUAUGAAAUCCAGUUUGAUCCAGAUGAGAAAUUAAGGGAUGGGGAAAGUGGAAGUUGGCAGUCUCUGAGGUUAAUUUAACAUUCCAUGUAGUGAAUGUUUUGUAAUGAACAGAUUUGACUGAAACGCACGUCACACUUGAUCAAGACUUGAUUAUACUUUACCUCAAAUAAACAUAAAGAGACUAUUUUCUACUA